GGUCGAUAUACGGUCCUGAAUUCCCCUCAACUACACCUCGAGAUGACGUAAGGCUUCACAGGAUUGUUCUCGAUAGUAUGAAUGUAAAAAAAGUAGCAAUAUGCAUUGGUGGAUCCAUGGGCGGUAUGCAAGCAUUGGAGUGGUCAUUCUUUGGGCCCGAUUAUGUUAAAACUAUUGCACCAAUUGCUACCUCGGCGAGGCUGUCAGCUUGGUGUAUAAGCUGGAAUGAAGCUCAAAGACAAUCUAUUUACAGCGACCAUCAAUAUUGUGAUGGAUAUUACAAAUCAGACGAGACUCCUGACACAGGCCUUGCGGCGGCUCGCAUGUCGGCACUUUUAACAUAUCGCUCUCGAGAUUCCUUUGAAUCACGAUUUAGUCGUAAGCUUCAGGAGCCAAAAAAAUUGCAGGACGUUAAUGGCCAUAAAUCAACACCGGCUGAGAAGGCCUUGCUUAUUCAUAAUGAAGGUCAUAAAAGUAAAAAUAAUGAGCAUCUGCGUUCAAAAAGGCAAGGAAAUCAUAUUGAUAAUAACGAGUCACGUGACGAAAAUCACUUGACAUCAGCUAUAUCGCAUACAUUUUCUGCACAGUCAUACCUCCGAUAUCAAGGUGACAAAUUUGUGAAAAGAUUCGAUGCUAAUUGCUACAUUAGUCUCACUCGUAAGAUGGAUAGUCAUGAUAUAUCGAAGGGUAGAGGAAGUGUAGAGGAUGUAUUGAAAAGUAUUAAGCAACCCACAUGUGUAUUUGGGAUUGAAUCAGAUGGUCUCUUCACGAUUUCGGAACAAUAUGAAUUGGCGAAACACAUUCCGAUUUCUAAGAUGAUCACCAUCGCUUCACCAGAUGGUCACGACGGUUUUCUUCUUGAAUUCGAUCAGAUGAAUCAACACAUCCUUCAAUUUAUUCGGGAGUAUCUGCCUGAAAUCAGCGAAAAAGAACAUUAUGGUGUAGACACGGUAUCAAUAGAGGUGGUUAAAGAUAGUGUUUUUGGAGAAUUAGAAGACAAGGAUAUGAUAAAAUGGUAG